AUGCUAAUUAGGGUUCUUCUCUUGUUCCUUCUCUUUCGCGAGGCGGCCCCAGAGGAGCAGACCGAGUUCACCUUCAAUGGGUUCCGGGGAGCCCAGCUCACCCUCGACGGCGGGGCCACGAUAACAGGCGAGGGAUUGUUGAGGCUGACCAACACCACCAAGAAAAUCAAGAGCCACGCCUUCUUCUCCACCCCCUUGCGCUUCAGACAAUCCUUGGGGACCAGGGUUUCCUCCUUCUCCUCCACCUUCGUGUUCGGGAUUGUCCCCGAGUUUACCGACCUCAGCGGCCAUGGCAUCGCCUUGUUCUUCUCCCCUUCCAAGGACUUCUCCGGAGCUUUAGGGAAUCAGUACAUGGGUCUCUUCAGCACUUCAAACAAUGGCAACUCCUCCAACCACGUCUUCGCAGUGGAGCUAGACACCAUCCAGAACCCUGAAUUCGGAGACAUAGACACCAACCAUGUCGGCAUCGACAUCAACAGCAUGCGGUCAAGCAGAUCUGUUCCGGCUGGUUACUAUCCGAGCGACGGCAGUGGAUUCAAGAACCUGAGUCUGAUCAGUGGCCAGCGGCUGCAGGUCUGGGUCGAGUAUGAAGGCGACAUUGGGCAGCUGAACGUGACCUUGGCUCCCAUGGAAGAACCCAAGCCCAGAGUUCCACUGUUGUCAUCCCCAACCAAUCUCUCUGACGUCUUCCUCGAGCAGAUGUUCAUGGGCUUCGCGUCCUCUUCGGACCCAUUUCAGACGUCUCAUUAUAUCCUCGGGUGGAGCUUCAAGAUGAACGGGGAGGCUCAGGCUCUUAAUCUCUCCUCCCUCCCUUCCCUUCCCCAGAGGGAGACGAGGAAGGCGACGAAGACUUGGUUCAUCUGGAUCUCCAUCGCUCUGGCGUUGUUCGUGCUCGGCACUGUGGCCGGGACGACAUGGUUUGUGAGAAGGAAGAUUAGAUUCUCGGAGCUUCUCGAGGACUGGGAGGUGGAGUACGGACCGAGCCGCUUCGCAUACAAGGACCUGUUCAUGGCGACCGAGGGAUUCAGCGACAAGGGUCUUCUGGGAACCGGGGGCUUCGGCAAAGUCCACAGAGGGGUCUUGCCCAACUCAAACCUCGAAGUGGCCGUGAAGAGGGUAUCCCACGAUUCCAAGCAGGGGAUGAAGGAGUUCGUGGCGGAGAUUCUGAGCAUGGGCCGUCUCCGGCACCGGAACUUGGUCCAGCUCCUCGGGUACUGCCGCAGGAGAGGAGAGCUCCUCCUGGUCUACGAAUUCAUGCCCCACAGCAGCCUCGACAAGAUGCUGUUCGGCCACAACCCUCCGAAGCUCGACUGGAACCAGAGGUUCAGGAUAAUCAAGGACGUGGCCUCGGGGCUCCUCUAUCUCCACGAAGAGUGGGAGCAGGUCGUCCUUCACAGAGACGUCAAGGCCAGCAACGUGCUGCUGGACGGCGAUCUGAACGGGCGACUGGGUGACUUCGGCCUGGCCAGGCUCUACGACCAUGGCGCCACUCCUCAGACGACCCGCGUGGUAGGGACGAUGGGCUACCUCGCCCCCGAGUUGACCAAAUCCGGCAAGGCCGACAAGGCCACCGACGUCUUCGCCUUCGGCGUCUUCCUCCUCGAGGUGGCCUCCGGGAGGCGGCCGCUGGAGCCGCAGGCGCCGGAGGAGGAGGUGGUUCUCGUUGACUGGGUUCUCGAGUGCUGGAAGAGGGGGGCCAUCGUGGAAGCCGCUGACCAGCGGCUGAGCUACACCGCGCCGGAGGAGGUGGAGAUGGUUCUGAGGCUGGGAUUGCUCUGCUGCGACCCCAUGCCCACCGCGAGGCCAAGCAUGCGCCAGGUGGUACAGUUCUUGAAAGGAGAGGUUCCCCUUCCGGAAUUCACGUCCAAUUAUCUGAACGACGGGGUGAUGUCGCUGAUCUACAACGAGGCCUUGGACGAUCAAGCGCCGUCGUUCACCGCCUUCUCCGCUUCUCGGUCGUUGCUCUCGGGUGGCCGAUGA